UUAAACUUGUAGACGUGAUGGUUGAAUAAAAAAAACGGUUAAAAUACUAACUAAUAACUUUAAAAGAAAAGUUUGAAUAAAGUGAAAAAAACGGAAGAGAAUGAAACGGAAGUUUAUUAAGAAUUUUAAAUAAAAUCAAACUAAAAGCUGUGUAACGGAAAAUAUUUUAUAAAAAUUUAAGAAAAUUAUUUGAGAUAUAAAUAAAAAUGUUUAAAAAUUUAUAUUAAUUAAAACAAGUUUUCAGUUAAAAAAGUGUUUAAUGAGUUUAUGCCAAAAAAAAUUAAAAAGAUAUUUUGUUGUUGUUAAAAAAAGCAACAUUUGUUUAAGAAAAAAAGCGGUUUUAACCAGAUUCAUCAAUUUAACUUUUGAUGAACAAAAUUUUUUAGGGUAAAACCUUGAUUGCUAAAAUUAAAAAAAAAAAAAAUUAAAAAAAACUUAAAUAAUUAUUAAAAAAACCACCAAAAAAUCUUGGAUUUAAAACACAAAAAAAGACUUUAAGAGGCACAACAUGACAACACCCCAUGAGAAUCCCGCCUUUGUAGGUGAUGAUGGCCGAGGGGUCACAAGCAAAAAUAAUGUUGAAGUUGGACAUAUCACUAGCACAGAUACUGUUAUAGGGGCAAAAAAUAAACCCAUGCCCGAACGUGAUACCUGGGGUAAAGGUAUAGAAUUUUUACUCUCCUGCAUAGCCAUGUCCGUGGGUUUGGGUAAUGUAUGGCGUUUUCCCUUUACCGCCCUCGAUAAUGGUGGUGGAGCAUUUUUGAUACCCUAUCUAGUGGUGCUGUUUCUAGUAGGUAAACCGAUUUACUAUUUAGAAAUGAUUAUUGGACAAUUUUCGAGUAGAGGAUCUGUUAAGGUAUUCGAUUUGUGUCCGGCAAUGAGAGGCGUUGGCAUUGGUCAGAUUGUCUCUAUAUCCAUGGUGACCACUUAUUAUGUGGCCAUUAUGGGCAUGACUGUACGUUAUCUGUUUGAUUCCUUUAAAUCACCUUUACCCUGGACCGAAUGUAGAGAGUCAUGGAAUGCUGUUUGUGUAGCCUCUGCAGAGGUAAAUACUGCUGAAAUUUUAUAUAGUGCCAGUGAUAAUUUGACCAGCACUACCCUUCCCUCUAUCAUAUCGAAUGUAUCAUCUGUCAUUUUAAAUAAUGUCACAAGUCUAAGUAGUGUUAAACCUAAAUCUUCAGCUGAAUUGUAUUUUAUUUGUAAGCCUUCUUACACAAAAAACAAUUCCGAACUUGAGAUUGUACGAUUAUCUGAAGUUCUCAUUAGAUUGCCAAUAUUUGUUGUUAGAUUUGUUUGUAUAGUUUUACUUAAAAAUUCCGUACCCUCAACCAAAUCUAGUGCAUUUCUAUCGGUGGGUGUUGAAUCAAGGCAAUUACUACCCCACUCUGGACGACAAAAGGGAGGACAAUUUAUUCUGACUUUGGUGGACUAUUUCGGCGCCUCUAUGAUUGCCUUAGUUUUGGGUAUUGCUGAAUUAUAUUGUUUGGGUUGGGUAUAUGGUGUGGAUCGUCUAUGCAAAGAUGCCGAGUUCAUGAUGGGACGUAAAGUAGGACCCUACUGGCGUUGGUGUUGGGCCGUAGUUACUCCCUUAAUUAUGACUGUUAUAUUAAUUUAUUUCCUUUCCACCUACACACCUUUAACCUACAAUGGUGUCAAUUAUCCUAAUUGGGCUUAUGCCAUUGGCUGGACUAUCACCUGUUUUGGUGUUUUACAAUUACCCAUUUGGGUUGUAGUGGCAGCCAUACGUACACCCGGUGCUACAUGGGGUGAAAAACUACGUGGUGCUUUCAAACCUAAACAUGACUGGGGACCCACCGAUCCUUUGCUGAGGGAGCAAUACAAUAAAGAAAUUGCUAAUGAAGCAAUAGCUAAUGAAGGCCUAGGUUGUUGGGGUUCCAUAAAGAAAAACAUAUUUGGCUAAAUUUAUAUUUAAAUCUCAACAACUCAGCUUUAAAGUAUUAUUAAUUAAAAAAAAAAACAGAAAAAUUAAUUAGUAGUUUUAAAUUAAAUUAAGCUAAAAGUGAUUUAAGUUAAAUAUUAAAAGAUAACUUGCCAAAUGUUACUAAGAAAAAGCUAUAUAAUUUUAUUAAACAUAACUGUACUUAUUUAUAAGAAUAUAAACUGUAAAGUAUUGUUGUAUAAAAAAUAGCUUUAAUUUAUUAUAAUAAAAAUGUACAUAAAAUAUUUUUAAUACAUAAUAAUAAUAAAAAACAUUUUUUUUAAAAAAUA